AUGGAUCCUCGAUACUUGCGGCCGUCGAGACCUUCGACUGGUUACAUGACCACUCCUUCUCAGACACCAGCACCAUACGGAAGGGCGUCUCCUUACUUCCCCCAGACAACCUCAAGAACGGGCACAAGCUCAGCAAAUCCGAGAGAAGACUCCUACACGGCAACGCCGAUACCAUCCUCAGCGGAAGAUCCUGUGUCUAGUUCUUACUACACUCCAAGCUACGACUACGGUACUGAUACUAGUGGUACUAUAUCGAGACCUCGUACGACCCGGCCGAGCACUUCCCACACUAGUCGCACGUCGCGAACCCCUUUUCUGCCCAACAGCGCCAAACACACCAUUGUGUGUGCCCUGAGCGAGGCUCGCGGAAUCACUCCUGCUGUUGGAAUUGUAUUCUUCAACGUUGAUACCGGAGAAGCCAUCCUCAGCCAAAUCUCCGACAACAGGUUCUUCGUUCGCACUCUCCACAAACUUCAGAUCAUGGAGCCAACCCAUCUCCUGAUCGUCAGCUCGUGCUGCCCCCCGAAUCCCAAGUCGAGGCUUUACAGCCAUAUCGAGGAACAUAUGCCAGAUACAAAGAUCACAUCUCUUGAUAGAAAGUACUGGUCAGAGAUGGAUGGGCUCAAUCGUAUUCAAACCUUCGCAUUCCGAGAAGACGCAGAAGCUGUAAAAGUUGCUAUCGAAGGCAGCUUUUAUGCAACUUGCUCAUUUGCCGCGGCUAUGAGUUUCUUGGAGACCGAGUUCUCCGUGCGUGUUGUUCCACACUCUCUUCGCAUUCGUUACCAGCCCUCGGAGGAUACAAUGAUGAUUGACGUAUCUGCCAUCAUGUCUCUCGAGAUCCUGCAAAAUCGACGCCACGCGGCGUCUAGCGACAGCCUUUACGGUGUUCUCAAGCAUACACUGACGCCCAUGGGCGGCCGGGUACUUCGAAGUAAUCUACUGCAGCCGUCUACACUAAAAGAGUCAUACCUUGAGCCAAGAUUUGCUGCAUUGGAGGAACUUCUUGCAAAUCAAGACAUGUUUGCAGAGGUCCGAACAGCUUUGAAGGCUUUUCCUGAUGUCGAGAGCAUGCUGACCAAGCUUGUCAUCAUCCCUAACAAACCGUCCGUUGAGGCGUCAGAAAGAGCAAUCAAUCAUGUUCUGAUGGUCAAGACCUUCAUAGAUGCCGUUCCACCAGUGUUCCAGGCGCUAGGCCCUGCCACGUGCCCUCUUCUCACCAAAAUCAGAGAUCUCUGCCAGCCAGAGUUGACUGCAGCCGCCAGAGAGCUUGUGUACCAGAAUAUUCAUGAGGAUGUUCAUUAUGUCAAAAGCGCUCUAGACCUACGAAAUCAAAGAACUUUUGCGGUCAAACCUGGAAUCAACGGGCUUCUCGAUGUUGCGAGACAAGCCUAUAAGGAAAACACCGAUGACGUCCAUAAACAUGUUGAAGAGCUGAAUCGCGAGCAUAGUAUCGAAGCUAUCCUACGGUUUGAUAACGGGCGCAAGUACAGCCUCCGAAUGCGAGCAGUGGAUUUCGAGGACCGGGCUAUUCCUGCUGUGCUUGUCAACCGGACGAUGAGGGGUCGUUACAUCGAAUGUCUCACAAUGCAUCUCAAGAAACUGAACCAGAGAAUCACCGACUCCGUUGCGGAAGUGGUCAUGCUGAGUGACAAGGUUAUUCAGGACCUCAUCGACAGCAUCCGGACUCAACUGCAGCCCCUCUACCGCGUCUGCGAUUCAAUCGCACUGCUCGACAUGAUUGCGUCAUUUGCACAGGCAAGUUCGACCUUCGAUUGGAGAAGACCGGAAAUAUCAGAUACUCUAGCGCUGAAAGCUGCUAGGCAUCCCAUCAUGGACAAGACUCUGAAGGGUGGCUUUGUACCGAAUGAUUAUUACGCUACCGAGGAGCACCGUUUCCAGAUUGUGACCGGCUGCAAUAUGAGCGGGAAAAGCACUUACAUCAAGAGUAUCUCUCUGCUCCAGAUCAUGGCACAAAUUGGCUGCUUCGUGCCUGCUGAAUACGCCAGUUUUCCCAUUGUACACAAUAUCUUCGCUCGGGUGACUACCAACGACAAUAUCGAGUCCAAUAUGUCAAGCUUCUCGCUUGAGAUGAGAGAGAUGGCUUUCAUCCUUAGCAAUGUCACCCACAAGAGCAUCGUCAUCAUAGAUGAACUAGGUCGAGCCACAAGCACUCGAGAUGGACUUGCUAUCGCGAUCGCCAUAGCCGAAGCCCUUAUACAGAGCCGUGCCAUUGUGUGGUUUGCAACUCACUUCACAGAGCUUGCCGACGUCCUAGCCGAUCGUCCCGGAGUGCUGAAUCUUCGUCUCGUCACGCAGGUUUCGACGACGGACAAUAACGUACCCAAGUUAACUAUGAUGUACAAAGUUGAGUCGGGAAAGACUGAGGAGUUGCUCUAUGGCAUCACACUUGCGAAGGCAAUGGCAUUUCCCAAACGGUUCCUGGACGUUGCCGAGGAAGUUGCUAUAUCACUGCAUCAACGAAGGGAACAGAAUAAGCAGUCUUCUCAAGCGAGGAAGAUGCUCAACCGACGCAAGCUGAUACUUAAUCUUCACGAACAGCUCAAACAGGUGAAAAACUCAGAAAUGGAUGAUUCAUCGAUGAGAAGUUACCUGAUCCGUCUUCGAGAGGAGUUCGUCUUGCGAAUGGAGGCCAUCGAGAACGGUGGCAAUCAAAGCAGCAGCAACACUAGUAAGGCUAUCGGAGACGGGAUGGACGGGGAGGAUAAGGAGUUUGAGGACGAAGAUGUCUUCGACACUGUUGAUGCCGAGUCAUUUUGGAGCAGCUGA